AUAGACUCCCUGCAUAUAUAAUGAGGCACUGGACCUGCUCCUGGCACUCUCCUGCUCCCGGCACUAUCCGGCUCUUGUCCCUCCUUCUGACGUUACGCCACAGCUGCACUCAACUUGUACUCCAGUUAUCCGGUGUCUUCAGUAGCUGGACAGUAGCGAGGGUGAUAUGGGGCGUGUGACUGCGGCCUUGGUGGUGUUGGUUGGUGUGAUUGUCUCCUUCAGUCAGGCCAGAGUAGCCGCGCCGGAGCCGGAUGGUGAGCUGUGGGCUGUGCUGGUAGCCGGCUCCUCCACCUGGAUGAACUACCGCCAUCAGGCGGAUGUGUGCCACGCCUACCAGAUCCUCCAUCAGCACGGCGUCCCUGAUGAUCACAUCAUCGUUAUGAUGUACGAUGACAUCGCUAACAACAAGAUGAAUCCUAUCAAGGGGAAGAUAAUCAACCGACCAGACGGCCCCGACGUCUACAAGGGCGUCCCCAAGGACUACACCGGCAAGGACGUCACCCCAGAGACCUUCCUGAAGGUCCUACAAGGCGACGCAGAGGGCCUAAAGGAGGUAGGCUCCGGUAAAGUACUCAAGAGCGGACCAAACGAUCGCGUCUUCAUCAAUAUGGUGGAUCAUGGAGCUCCCGGAAUCUUCGCCUUCCCCGAGUCUUAUCUCUACGUCAAGAACUUCACCAACGGCAUCCUGGACAUGCAACGCAAUAAACGGUUCAAGGAGCUGACCGUGUAUAUGGAGGCCUGUGAGGCUGGUUCCAUGUUCAAAAACAUCCCUGAUGACAUUAAUGUAUACGCUUUGUCCGCCUCGAAUUCAACGGAGUCAUCUUACGCCUGCUACUUGGAUAAGAAAGUGGGCACCUUCCUUGGUGAUGUCUUCAGCAUCAAGUGGAUGGAAGACACGGAUAGGGAGGAUGUGACGAAGGAGACGUUGGAGAAGCAGUUUAACGUCGUCAAGAAGGCAACCACGACGUCUCACGUGAUGCAGUGGGGCGAGAAGUCUAUCGAUACGGAAGCGGUUGGGGCCUUUGUCGGUAGCAAGUCGGUAGAUGCUGUCGACUUUGGUCCCUUCUUCCCCAUAGACGACCCGUGUCUGACGACUUCCAUUGCCAGCCCCGACGUUCCACUGGCCAUGCUGCAGAGCCUCGUGGACGCUGCCGACGGCCUCACCGGAGCAGAUUUCUGGCAGCAUGAGAUAGAUACUCUCCAGGAGAACCGUACCUUCGUGAAGGAUACAAUGAGGAAGAUAGUGAAGGUGGUGACAGGUGAUGAUGACCUUACAGAGAAGAUGAUGACCAACACCUUCCAGGAAAUACAUAAUGAUGACUGCUACCAGAGCUGUGUCGAGACCUUCCAUAGCCUCUGCUUCAACCUUGGACUGAAUCCGUACGCCCUACGAGUGACUUACGCUAUGGUGAACUUGUGUGAGCACGGCUACUCUGCUGAACAGUUCUCCUGCGCUUCCCGAGCCGUGUGUGUUCACGACGCGGUCACAGGCAUCAACUGAUCGUCCAUCAAUCUCAACUGUGUCGACUGAGCAACUCUUGUCGGCUACCUGUGAGGUGUCAAUUCCGCCACUGGGGCUCAAGUGAGCCAUUUUAGUCAACCACAGUAGCGGGCUUUUGUACCAACUUACACAAUUGGAGUCUGUGUUGACAGUCAAACAAUCGAUUCUAAAUAAUUGUCUUUAAUAUUUUGCCGUUUGAACAUAUUAGCAAAAAUGAAAUACUUUUUCGAUACUUUUAAUUUUCUCCUAAUUAAAUUAUAUUUGUCUUAUAUUUACAUAUAUACUCACAAAACUGAAUUUUAUGUAAACAUAACUAUUUACUCUGUGAUUUUGAACUGCAUAGAAAAAAUCCUUACAUUACUCUCUUAUUUUCAAUAAAGUGUGACUUAGA